AUGGCUUCCAUUUACGAGCAACCAAUCCUGAGCGGCCGCACAUUCCGGCUGCUGUUUAUACAUCCUGCCCAGCACUACGAACAGCAACUCCAGUGCUCCUGCCUUCCUUUCGCAAUCGACGAUGCUCCAUCCUUCGAGGCGUUGUCGUACGUCUGGGGCCAUCCCACCCCUGCAGUUGAAGUGCUGUGCAAUGGAAAACCUUUCUCCAUCCAACCGGAGCUCGCAAACGCCUUGUCGCAAUUGCGUCUUCAACAACAUGCGCGUAUUGUUUGGGCGGAUGCGAUUUGCAUAGAUCAGAAUAAUGUUGAGGAGCGGAACAAUCAAGUAUCUUUGAUGAGAAGUAUCUACCCGUCAGCAACAAGAGUGAUUGUCUGGCUGGGGCCUGCAGAUCCUGAACAUACUGAGACUGCUUUGGGAUUUAUCGAAAUUAUUGGAGCUGCUUGCAUGAUUCAGCAAAAUGCCCGGAACGUCAUGUCCAGCGAUGAGGAGACCAGUGGCCUAUUUGAUCUCAUAGUCAAAUCAUUUACUCCCGCAAUUGUCGCCGGUAUGGAGGAACUGUUCAAGCGGCCAUGGUUUUCGCGCAUCUGGUGUGUUCAAGAAAUUUGCUUGGCGCGCGAUGCCCUAGUGCUUUGCGGCGAGUAUGAGGUCAGUUGGGAGAGCUUUGGACUGGCGGUAAGAUGGAUGAUUGAAAGUACACUCCCACCUGUGGCCAUUGAAGGAUUAGAUGCUCUGCUCGAGUCUGUUCAUCUCGGACCUGCGGGUAUCAUGUGCGACACCACGGCGGAUAAUCUUCUGGACAUAUUGCAUAGUUGCUGUGAGUUCAAGUCCACGGACGCCAAGGACCGAGUUUACGGUCUCUUGAGUCUGGUGGACCCAAGGGCGGAGGUAGAAGGCAUCGAUAUUGAUUACAACAAGAGUGUUGGCGCUGUGUUUGCAGACACUGUCGUCGCUAAUAUUAAAGCGCACUCCAAGUUGAGCGCGUUCGCAUUCGUUUCCCACCCGCCAGGCUAUGAUGGCACUGCUGGAUACAGAUCUUGGGCACCAAGGCGGGACAAUUACGAGCCUGCAUUCGUAUUUGGCUAUCCCGAAGAACUCAGUCGGUGGAGCGCCAGUGGGCAUGCUUUAGUCAGUCUUGCCGAUGAAACUGACCCAACACCAGAGGCACUCCAUCUGAAGGGCGUACUCUAUGACAAAGUGCUUGAGACAAUUGCUGCUAUGGACAUCGAGACCGGAGCCCAGACCAAGGAUAUCCAUCCUUUCCUCGAGAUGUACAAUAAGAUCUGCGAUGGCCAUUACGCGCAAGAUUGUAAAGAACUCCUCGCUCGCACUUUGACUGCCGGUACUUAUUACGACGAAUAUCUGGAAAACCUCGAUGCGGCCACACGUGACAAAUAUCUUCCGGCAUUUGAGCGUGUAAUGCAUCGAUUGGCUCAACUGGACUGCGAUGGCACUGAGGGCAGAUUUGGCCACGAUGAUGAUUCAAAGACAUUCGAGCUAGGUGCCUACAAACAUGUCAGACAACGUCGCAUGUUCUGGACAAGUGAGGGAUCCCUCGGGCUCGGCCCGCAAUGUAUGCGUGUGGACGAUAUCGUUGUGAUUCUGUAUGGAGGCAAUAUGCCCUACGUACUACGACCACGCGGCGAUAGGUUUCUCUUUAUGGGCCCAGCUUACAUCGACAAUAUCAUGCAUGGAGAAGUCAUCGACGAUUUGCGUGCGGGAAUGAUGCAGGAGCAGACCUUCUGUCUGAUCUGA